CAAAAUGUAGCGAGCUCGAACCAUUUUUCUAAGAUCUCAGACCCCACCUUUAAAGCCGUUUUUACCCUGGGUCUCACUGGCCACAAGGUAUUGGGUCUUUUAGCUGUCGUUGCCACAUGCUGUUGUCCUCCUCUUUACGAGGAGGCGCUGUGACAAUCCGGGACUAGAGCAGCCGGUAUCAUCAACAUGACAACAUCCGGCCGGAGCCUCACGGUGCCGGUGCCGGACGGUGACUGACCGACAAAUAUGACGGUGUCGAGGCUUCCACCGGCGGCGCUGUCACUCAGACAGUUCUUGCAGAGACAGAAGGUUCUGGGAAUUUACAGAAACAUGUUGAGGACGAUACGGCAGGUACCAGAUGAGGCGGACAGGAAGUACCUGAGAGACUGGGCCAGAGAUGAGUUCAAGAGGAAUAAGAAUGCCACAAACCAGGAUGCUGUCCGUAUGAUGAUCACACAGGCCAACAAUCACCUGGAGACACUUCAGAAGACAUUAGCACUGGCCAGAAGUUGAAGCUAAUGUGGACUGGUUCUACAUGGAGACCACAAUGUGGUCCAUUGUAUGUGCUCCGUCACCUCUGUAACAGACUAAAUAACCAGCUGCUUUGGGUUUUUUUUUUUGAUAUAAUGUAUUAAAGAACCCACACACUGUCUGAA